CGUUGUCGGGAUCGGUCGCAUUACGGAAUCUUCAACCAAUGUUCUGAUUCACAAGCGCGCACUUUGUGAAGACUGGAAAUUGAAAUUUUUUGUAUUGUGAAUUUCUAAUAUUUCUAACAGAUCGUGUUUUGGUGAUCCGAAGAAGGUAAAACGUUGUGUUAAGUGAAAAGUGUAGAUGAAAACGAACGAGCGGAAGUGAAUUGCUGAAGACGUGCUACUAAAGUAAUUAGGUUAAUCUUGCGUGAAAGUAAUAACGAAGUCUGGUGUAGGUUUGUUCUGUUGAACACUAUCGGUGCGAGAAAUGGCUAACGAAGCAGAAAAUCAACUUCCCGAAAAGGAUGCAAACGACGGCUCGGCCACAGAAACUAGCGGGGGAAACAAAAUCGUUCUCAAGCGAAAGAUUACUCUGAUUAAUGGAAUAACAAUCAUCGUAGGGACGAUCAUUGGAUCAGGAAUUUUCGUUUCCCCUGCCGGAGUUUUUCUAUACACUAAAUCGGUUGGCUCUUCGCUGGUCAUCUGGACGCUGAGUGGCAUUCUGUCGACGGUUGGGGCGUUGUGUUACGCCGAGCUCGGAACCUGCAUCACCCGGUCUGGAGGCGACUAUGCGUAUCUACUUGUUGCCUUUGGGCCACUUGUUGGAUUUCUGCGACUUUGGAUGGCCCUGCUCAUCAUUCGACCCACCACCCAG